AUGGCAUCCGAACAAACCAGUCGCAAGUAUUUACAACAGGAAGAAUGUGUAGAAUACGAAAUCAAGGAGUUGAUCUCCACCUUACCUCGCCAAAAUGGCUGGCUCGCAUCCUCUCUCUACCAAUACCAAGGCUUCUGGCACGCCGCAGCCUAUCUCCAAGGCCUCAUCUCAUGCCAGAACCAUUUCCAGGCUCGAGAUUCCGACGUUUUCCUCAUCACAACCCCCAAAUCCGGCACCACCUGGCUCAAAGCCCUCAUCUUCGCCUUGAUGAACCGGAAACAAAACCCUAUCUCCUCCGCCACACACCCUCUCCUCUCCCACAACCCCCACGCCCUCGUCCCCUUCCUCGAGAUCAAGCUCUACGCCGAUAACCAGAAACCCGACAUCGCCUCCCUCCCUUCCCCGCGCCUCUUCUCCACCCACAUACCCUAUGUCUCCUUACCGGAGUCCGUGAAAAAUGGCUCCCGAUGCAAGCUCGUGUACCUCUGCCGCAACCCUAAGGACACCUUCGUCUCCCUCUGGCACUUCACCAACAAGCUCAGGACUCCCGAGAUGGGAGCCAACGACAUCGGAGGGGUUUUCGACAGAUUCUGCAACGGAAUCAGCCUCUACGGGCCGUUUUGGGACCAUGUUUUGGAGUAUUGGAAUUUGAGCAAGGACGAUCCUGAAGGAGCAUUGUUUCUGAGGUAUGAGGAUAUGAAAGAGCAGCCUGGGGUUCAUCUACGGCAGCUGGCGGAGUUCUUGAAGUGCCCCUUCACGGCGGAGGAAGAUGAAUUAGGGUUAGUGGAGGAGAUGUUGAGAUUGUGCAGCUUCGAUCAUCUGAGCGGCUUGGAGGUGAAUAAGAGUGGGAAGUUGUCGUCUGGGGAGGCGAACAAUGCCUUCUUUCGUCGGGGCGAGGUCGGAGACUGGAAGAAUUAUUUGACCCCGGAGAUGGUCGAUCAAGUUGAUCGGAUCACGGCCAACAAGUUCUCGGGUUCCGGGUUGCAACUAUGGUAAAAUAUAUUCCAAUAAUUGAAAAAGGUACUCGGAAUUCCUAAAGACGAACUACAUGAAUAACUGUUGAAUCCAACUGGAAUUGAGCUCGAGCUCAAUAUAUAUCAACUGCAAAUAAAUUUUGAACAUUUGAUGUUUAAUACUACGUAAU